AGGAUACCACGAAUGCUUGGCAUAUCUUUCGUUAUAUUUAUUCAAUAUACGUAUAUUAUAUAUAUAUAAGUUAAUUUUUGCAGAUUCUAAACUUCAUGUGUUUGUUUUUAUUAAAAACAAAAAUUUUGCGAAAUAAUACCUUUAAAACACACCAAAACGAGGCGAAACGGAAGCUGACGUCACGCGGGGAAAACAAAACCUCGAACAAGAUGGCAAAAUAUGUCCAAAGGAUUUCGGAAAGCAUCGAUGAAUCGGAUUUUUCUAAUGGUAGCCCACUAAGUAGUUUUUCCGACAACGACGACAACAGACAUGAGGACCAUGCGAUUCUUCCGUACCAAUUUGAACCGAAGGCACCGCCACGCACGAAUUCAGAGGCUGAUACCCAAACAUCAACACCUGCCGAGUCGGACGACUUUGACAAUCCAGACCGGCUUCGUAAUACCGACUGGUGCCUUUGUGGAAACUGUGAAGUCCAGCCUACUUUGGUAGAAAACAGAUGUUGCAUGGAAAUUGAUGCAGUUACAAAAACAAUGGACGACUACGCAAAUGAUUUUCAAAUGGAACCACUUGGAUGCAUUACAACACAUCCUGGCUUUAUAUCAACUUGCCUUGAUACGUGGGUACAGAAACAUUUCAGUUGA